GCCACCAUUGAAGUGCCUGCUCGUCCUGGAGGACGCAGUGUGUGACGGAGGACCUAGACUGUGGGACUCCUCUGAGGUAUGGCACACUGCGACAUUGCACUGUAGGACGGACAUCUACCUCCCGAGAUGACGUGUGCGCAGAUGCAGGGCAAGGUCUGUCGAUCAGUAUGGAAAGGUUUGGUCUUGGGAACUCUUCUCACCACUUUUGUGAUAUUGCUAUAUUCAUAUGCAGCUCCUCCACUUAGCUUUAGCAGCACAGAAAACCCUACAUCCUUCCAGUGUCGCCCAUCUUCACUUCGUGAAUCCACUUUACCUGGAUCCAAUUCCUCUGCAAAUUCUGAAUUGCACUGCCUCCCACGCCAUAACCUUAUGUUUCUUAAAACUCACAAGACAGGCAGUAGCACAAUCCUUAACAUCUUGUUCCGUUAUGGAGAGAAGCAUCGACUCCGGUUUGCCUUCCCUCGUGGACGCAAUGAUUUUGACUACCCGAGCUAUUUCCAGCGAUGGCAAGUUGAGGGAUACCAUCCUGGCUUAUGUUAUAAUAUAAUUUGCAAUCACCUGCGAUACCACCAUUCAGAGGUAAACCUGCUCAUACCCCCACAUACAGUGUUUGUCACUGUGCUGAGAAAUCCAGCUCUUCUCUUUGAAUCUUCAUUUCAGUACUUUGCACGUAUUGUACCCUUAACUUGGAAGUUACCAGGUGCUACAAGUGAGCAGAAGAUGGACACCUUCUUGCGCAACCCAAGGAACUACUAUGAUUCCAAUGGAUUCAGUGCUCACUACCUGCAUAACUUGUUGACAUUUGACCUUGGCUAUGACAAUGAAAUGGAUAUUGAAGACUCUGCAGUAUCAAAUUUACUUAAGCAACUUGAUAGUCGCUUUCAUUUAAUUAUGCUGUUAGAGUAUUUUGAUGAGUCUUUGCUGCUCUUGCGUGACUUGAUGUGUUGGAACAUGGAUGACAUACUUUACUUUAAACUUAAUGCCCGAAAAGACUCUACUGGCUCACGUUUAAGCCCAGAGAUAUACCGACUAGCUCAGCAAUGGAAUGCACUAGACGCACUUAUCUACCAACAUUUCAAUGCAACAUUCUGGAAAAAGGUAGAGAAGUAUGGAGUGGAGAGGAUGAAAAUGGAUGUCCUAGAAUUAAGGAGGCGAAAUGAAGAACUUAAACAAGAGUGCAUUGCAGGGGGUGGCCCAGUAGAUGCCAGCAAGAUACAGGAAUCUGGCCUUCAGCCGUGGCAACCUUUGGGGAAAAUAUCUAUCCAAGGAUAUAACCUCCGAAAAAACAUUUCACCCAAACACAGACAGCUGUGUAGGAAUAUGCUGACUCCUGAAUUACAGUACAUGAGCCGGCUGGGGGCAGACCUGUGGGUCACACGAUUAUGGAGUAAAAUUAGAGCCCUGCUGAACUGGUGACUGGUGAAUAGAGAAGAAAUUAUGUGCUUCAAAUGUGCUGGGACCUACAUGCAGUAUUUGAGUUGACCAAAAGGCAAUAAAAGCAAGCUGAGAUAAAAGCAGGAUGCUAUAAAGAGUGAACACUUUGUGAUGAUGUUACUUUAUACCCGCUCAAGUAUUUGUCUAGAAUCAGUAUUUUAGGCAUGGUAUGUUAACUGCGUAAAAUAUCUUCUGAACAGGGUGUCUUUGUACCAGUGAAAGACUGAGAGAAUCAUUAACUGUGCACUGGUUUCAAUUCAUGGCUCUGACUCAGUCACGUCAGAUGGACAGCUGGGAGGAUUUUAUGAAUAUAGUCUUUAUAAAAAUAAAAAAAACAUUAGAAUUGCUCUCACUUUGGGACAACAGGGGUGGAUAAUGUAUCUUUAUGGUCAUGUAUGAAGCCCCAGCUCCAGGACUAAUUGUGUAUGCUUUAAACUAAUGUUUUUUUUGUAGUCCUUUUGGAAUUGUUCAGUUUUAUUAUCAUAUAGAAGCUCAGCAAGAUGACUCUAUCCAUUAGGGAUGUCUCGAUCUUUCAGCACAAUUAAGAUUAGCAAUAGACCUCAUUUUACAAUUGCAUUUUGAGAUCACAGUGUUUUAGGACGUGUGUUUAUAUAGAGCUGCAAAUGGCAUAAAUGUGCAGUCACUUGAAGCAACCAGUUAGAUAAUAUAAUUAUAAUAUCUUGCACUAAAAUUAAUAGUUAGUUACUUUCUGAUUGGUUGAAACCGCUAUGGACGAUAAAUGUACAUACUAUGCUCUAUGUAAGCUUUUUUUUGUUAAAUAAACCUAAAGAUUGUUUGU